AUGUUGAAAAAACAGCCAAGUGAUGAUUCUAUGUUAUCUUGGAUACCAUUGGAUAACAUAAAUGAAAGUUGGUACAGUAUUAUUAGUAUUAAUGGUCUACUAACCAGGAUUGGUCUCAAAGGCAAUCAUGAAACUUUAAUUUACGGAGAACCUGUAGUAAUUUUGCUUACUGGUUCAUUUAUUAAUGUUUUCUCACAUAAAAAUACUAGUAGUGUGGUCCAUGAACCGGCUCGAGUCUAG